CCCGCGGGCGCCGCUCCGGCCGUCGUGCGUCCCCACCGCCACCUGGGCCGCCGGGCAGGCAGGCGACGGAGGCCCAGGAGCCAUGGGCGACUGGGGCUUCCUUGAGAAGCUGCUGGACCAGGUCCAAGAGCACUCAACCGUGGUGGGCAAGAUCUGGCUGACAGUCCUUUUCAUCUUCCGCAUCCUCAUCCUGGGCCUAGCUGGCGAGUCAGUUUGGGGCGACGAGCAGUCAGAUUUCGAAUGUAACACAGCCCAGCCGGGCUGCACCAACGUCUGCUACGACCAGGCCUUCCCCAUCUCCCACAUCCGCUACUGGGUGCUGCAGUUCCUCUUUGUCAGUACGCCCACCCUGGUCUACCUGGGCCAUGUCAUUUACCUGACUCGGCGCGAGGAGCGGCUGCGGCAGAAGGAGGGGGAGCUGCGGGCACUGCCAGCCAAGGACCCACAGGUGGAGCGGGCGCUGGCAGCCAUAGAGCGACAGAUGGCCAAGAUCUCAGUGGCAGAGGAUGGCCACCUGCGGAUCCGUGGGGCACUGAUGGGCACCUAUGUGGCCAGCGUGCUCUGCAAGAGUGUGCUAGAGGCAGGCUUCCUGUAUGGCCAGUGGCGUCUCUAUGGCUGGACCAUGGCGCCCGUGUUUGUGUGCCAGCGCUCACCCUGCCCCUACCUCGUAGACUGCUUUGUCUCACGCCCCACCGAGAAGACUAUCUUCAUCAUCUUCAUGAUGGUGGUCGGGCUCAUCUCCCUGGUGCUCAACGUGCUGGAGCUGGCCUACCUGCUGUGCCGCUGCCUUAGCCGGGGGCUGAAGGCCCGGCAGGGCCAGGACAUACCCCCUGCCCAGGGCACCUCCUCGGAGCCUUACGCUGACCAGGUCUUCUUCUACCUCCCCAUGGGCGAGGGGCCCUCGUCCCCGCCAUGCCCCACCUACAAUGGGCUCUCAUCCAGUGAGCAGAACUGGGCCAACCUGACUACGGAGGAGAGGCUGGCUUCUUCCAGACCCCCCCUCUUCCUGGACCCACCUCCCCAGAGUGGCCAGAAAUCCCCUAGUCGCCCCAGCAGCUCUGCUUCCAAGAAACAGUAUGUGUAAGGGCCUGGGGCUUACAUCACCCGACAGCAGGCCCGGGAAGUCUUGCUGCCUUAAAUGCCGUCUCCUUGAAGGCUCUGCAGAGAUGACUGGGGCUGGGGGAAGCAGGUGCUUACUGGCCAGAGGGCCUCAUUGCAUGUUGUUCUUGAACACCUGGGGCCUUCCUGGUGACAAGAGAGCACCAUAGUUUCCCCUCCAGAAUUUGGCUUUGUCCCAGGCACAGACAGAGCCAGCUUGGGGUGCUCUUGGCCAAGGGUGUUUGGGCCCUUUGGUCUUUUUCACCGGGUUCAGAGGGACUCAGAGGAAACUUACCCCACCCUCAUCCCCAAGGAAGAUUCGCCUCCCCCAGGUUGUCUGCACACCCCAUCCUCACAGGAAAAGGCUGGUGGAGGCUGCUGGGUCGGCCUUGAUCACACACGUAGACAGUCUGUGCUGGAUCUGGCCCUGUCAAGGGGACCAGUGUCUUGUUCUCAUCAUGCCUUUCUAGUUCCACUGUUUAUGCUUCUAAAAUAAACAAGACUUGAUCACAA